AUGGAUCGAAUCAGCCAAGGUACGCCUUUGUUUUCUUGUGGCUUGGACGGAAAGAUUAUAGUAUCCGACAUUGAAGAUGGCCACACUUUAUCCAAAAUAAUUAUGCGCAAACCGAUUUCUCGUAUUGCCCAUAGUCAUAAUACAUAUGCUUCCUUACUGGGACAUGGGAAAUCAAAAUAUAUAAGUAUUUCUGAUAUAUCAUUUCAAAACGGCUGUCGAAUUUUUCCUGGAAUCGAAGUUGAACACUUGUUUGAUAUCAAUGAACACUUUGUUGCUGCUGUUUCAAAUACUAAGCUUUACUUGCAUUGGUUCAAAUUCAACGAUUACACAUGCUACACCUUCCCUGUCGGCGAGAAAUCUGCCGCAAAGGCCUACAAAUGUCUGACGUGUGUCGCAUGUCACCCCACUGAAGCCAUUGUUGCCACAGGAAAUGCGAUGGGUGAAAUUAUGAUUUGGUGGAAUCUAACUACUACUUCAUCUAACCUUUUUAAUGAAAUGCAUGUCGAAGGAGGUGAGGACGGUGACGAUGACAGUUCUGGUGAAGAUGAAGCCGAUGUGGGGCAUUUCCACGCCAUCAACAAAAAAUUCAAUUCUGGGUGGCGCUUGCUGCACCCGAAACACGUUAGGCGCUCUGGAAUGCACUGGCACAACUUUGUGGUGACAGCUCUUGCUUUUACUGGUGAAGGAAAACAUCUUUACAGUGGAGGUAUUGAAGGUGUUCUGGUAAAGUGGGACUUGACGGAUUGUUUUGGCGGCAUAAAGAAUCGCCGAUUCCUUUCAAUGCUGAAUUCGCCAAUCCAAGAAAUCAGCUCACCGGGUGGCGAUUCGGGCGAUUGCGCAGUAGUUUUGCUGGAGAGGAAUUGCUUUUUCAUAGUGAACGGGGCCAUGCAAAUUAUUUACAAGCACAUGGGACUUGACCAGAUUCCACGACGUUGGCGAGCUUUCGCUGCGCGGCAGUCACGCGCGCUCACCGCACUCAGUCUCCCAAAUGCCGAGGACGCCGGUACCCACGAUGAUUGUGGCCACAAUAACGACGAUAGCACGUCCGCCUCCCUUCUUCUGUCUGGCGCAUUGGGCGGUCUGCAGGUGGUCGACCCCGCUUCCGCCAAAAUCCUUGGUUCGAUGGAUGUAAACCAGCGGCACUACGUAGUGUGCGACGCGGUGCCGUCGCCGCUGGUUUCCGAGGUACUCUUGGCAGAGGCGUGGCAGGACGGCGAGUGGGUGGCCACCUAUGCGGAACUUCAGCUUCCCCGACUCCCAGUGCCGCGUCCCCACCUCGCCGGCCACAGCUCAGACAAUCAGGCCCAACUUGUCUGGUGGAGGCGUGUGCGUCGCCGUGACCAAGAUGCCCCUUCCUCCGGAUUUGAAUAUGAGGCUGUUUUCGGUGAACCAUUGGCCUACCUUAACUGUCAAGCGACCGAUUUGAAGUUCACUCGACAUCCGGAUGGACCACAAGGCUUCCAGACUCUGCUCAUCUUGCGCGACCAGCGAGUCCUCGUGUGGCAGUACAACUCCGUCUCAGAUGUGCAGGCGUCUCAAAAGCCUUGGAAGUUGACAGCAUGUAUUGCCUCGAAUCCCGAUCGAAUUUUUUAUUUGGAGGUCAAAGAGACUGUUUCACCAGCGCCCUCAAAACUCUGUAUCUUGAAUUCCGACGAGGAGUCCACAGGAGAGCUGAUGAGGAGCCGGGAAGAGGCUCUUGCCGCCUCGAAGGAGAAACUUCGAAGUAUUGUAGUUCGUGCCACUGGUCUUUCUCUGAAUUCUUUCAUGUGGAUUCGUUGGCAGUCAGGUUCCACCGUGAUGGAGGAUAUGUUACCAUUGGAUGCGUGUCACUUACCCUCUUGGUCCGACUGGAAGGUGGGCAGCUUUCCAGAUGAGGUCGUUGAGAUCUGCCAGCUGGCGGUACUGGACCCCACUAAGCGCCUCUGCGUCGCCCUCCUCCGUCCCGCCUUCACCACCAAGUCGAAGCGUAGGGACGCUGACGGUGCUCUCUGCCUUCUCGUUGUGGAUCCACGGGGCCGCCUUAUUCCCCGUACGGGCGUCUUUGACCUCGCCCCCACUGGGGCUUUCGCCGUUGAUCAGACGUGCGGUGUCGUGGCCGUUGGACUGAUGAAUGGGUCUUGUGUCGUGUACGAUGCUAAUCUCCAAAUGGUGGUCACUUUGCCUCAACUCCCUUUACUACCUUUCUGUGACCGUCAGCGUCGCAAUUCCGACGAUGGUAAGCAAAGAAAGCCAGCCCCCACACAGCCCGAAGCACUAGUCUUCCUGCCGUCGAAGACAAAGUCGGCGACACUGCCACCUCUGGCUGCUGUCAUCGCUACGGGCAGGGGUCGCGAUGCUGGACGUAGGGACCUGGCCGUCUAUAGUGUGAAGCCUUUUUCUGCAUCGGUGGAAUCACUCCCAAGGUCACGAACAGAGACAACAAGUCUGCUUGCGCGGGUGGAGCGCAUCGAUGAUGACGAGAUGAUGGAGGAGGAGGGUUCAACGCCGGUGGGAGAACAUUCGUUGCUGCCGACGCACCGACUCAAGUCUCACUUAAUCACGGACGCGGAAUUGGUGCGUACCUUGCGUCGAAUUAGUCAGUAUCCCGUGGACGCCGCUCCACCACCUGAGCAGCUGCUGGCUCAACUCUUCAGGAAACCUGAGCUCUAA